CAUACCCUCCACCUUCCUAUCCUGCACAUACCACCACUGCAUCUCCACAUACUGCUCACUGUCAUACCGCCCACACUCCUCUCCUGUACAUACCGCCCACUGUCAUACCCUCCUCACUCCUCUCCUAUACAUACCACCCACUCUCAUGCCGUCCACACUCCUCUCCUGUACAUACUGAUCACUGUCAUACCCUCCACAUUCCUCUCCUGUACAUACUGCCCACUGUCAUACGCUCCCCACUCUUCUCCUGUACAUAUUGCCCACUGUCAUAUCCUCCACACUCCUCUCCUGUACAUACUGAUCACUGUCAUACCCUCCACACUCCUCUCCUGUACAUACUGUUCUCUGUUGUGCCCUCCACACUUCUCUCUUGUACAUACUGCCCGCUGUCAUACCCUCCACACUCCUCUCCUGUAUAUACCACCCACUGUCAUACCCUCCACACUCCUCUCCUGUAUACUACUGCCCACUGUCAUACCCUCCACACUCCUCUCCUGUAUAUACCGCCUACUAUCAUACCCCCCACACUCCUCUCCUGUGCAUGCUGCCCACUGUCAUACCCCACACUCCUCUCCUGUACAUACUGUCCAAUGUUAU